AUGGCUAGCUCCGACCCGACCACGACAACUGGGUCCGACACUCCCGUAACCCUUUCAAUGGCUAGCUCCGACCCGAUCACGACAACUGAGACGUCUACCAACACGGUACCAAGUGUUUCAACAACAGUGACUUCUACUCUAGAUACAACUACAGCUACGGAAACGACAGCAUCAGUUACAACCCUUCCCGAAACUCCGGUAACAUAUCACCCGGAAACAUCUACACCGGAUAGGAAUGUUCCAGAAACAACUUCGGCGGAUACAACUGUCCAACACAUAUCUACGGCGAUAACGAGUGUAACACCGGGAUCAUCUACACGACUUUCAACUGUCACGGAAACAACUUCAACAGCAGUAGCUCCAGCACCGUCUGCGGCGGUAACACAUAUUCCGGAAACAACUUCCACCCUGGAAGCAUCAACAAUGGCAUCAACUACUUUAGAAGCAACUACUCCAUCGGAAGAACCAACAACAGCAACAGCUGUUCCAGAAACAACUACGACAACGGAAAACUUAGCAACUGCGACUACAUCUCUAAAAACAACUACCAUAACGGAGACAUUCACAAAAGACACAACUGUUCCAGAAACAACUACCCAACCGGAAUCAUCCACACAAGCAACGACUGUUCUAGAAACAACAACACCACCGGAAACAUCAAGAUCAGUUACAAAAACUACACAUGAUACAUCCACAACAACCACAACUGUUCCAGAAACAACUACCACACCAGAAACAUCCACAACUGUUUCGGAAUCAACAACCACACCCGAUACAUCCACAAAAGCCAAAACUAUUCAGGAAACAACUACCCAACCGGAAACCUCAACAUCAACAACAACUAUUCAAGAAACCACAGCCACACCUAAAACAUCCACAUCAGCAGCAACUGUUUCGGAAACAGCUACAACACCGAAGACAUCCCGAACAGCCAUAACUGUUUCAGAAACAACUAAAACACCGGAAACAUCAUCAACAGCCACAACCGUGCCAAAAACAACUUCAACAGCAGAAACAUCAACAGCAACCACAACUGUUCCAGAAACAACUUCAACACCGGAAACAUCCACAUCAGUCAAAACUGUUACUGAAACAGCUACAACGUCAAAGACAUCCCGAACAGCCAUAACUGUUUCAGAAACAACUAAAACACCGGAAACAUCAUCAACAGCCACAACUGUACCAAAAACAACUACAACACCAGAAACAUCCUCAACAGCCACACUUGUUUCAGAAACAACUACAACACCGGAAACAUCCACAACAGUCACAACUGUUACUGAAACAACUACAAGACCGGAAACAUCCACAGCAGCCACAAGUGUUCCAAAUACAACUACAACACCAGAAACAUCCACAGCAGCCACAACUGUUACUGAAACAGCUACAACGCCGGAUAGAUCCUCAACAGCCACAACUGUUCCAAAAACAAGUAAAACACUUGAAUCAUCCACAACAGCCACAACGGUUCCAGAAACAAUUAUAACAUCGGAAACAUCCUCAACUGAUCUAGAAACAACUACAACAUUGGACACAUCUACAACAGUCACAAUUGUUCAAGAAACAACGACAAAACCAAAGACAUUCACAGCAGCUACAACAGUUACAGAAACAACUACAACACCAAAGACAUCCACAGCAGCCACAACUGUUACUGAAACAGCUACAACGCCGGAUAGAUCCUCAACAGCCACAACUGUUCCAGAAACAACAACAACACCAGACACAAUCACAGCAGCCACAACUGUUCUGAAAACAAGUAAAACAUUUGAAUCAUCCACAACAGCCACAACGGUUCCAGAAACAAUUAUGACAUCGGAAACAUCCUCAACUGAUUCAGAAACAACUACAACACUGGACACAUCUACAACAGUCACAAUUGUGCAAGAAAUAACAACAACACCGAAGACAUUCACAGCAGCUACAACAGUUACAGGAACAACUACAACACCAGAAACAUCCUCAACAGCAACAAAUGUUCCAGAAACAACUGCAACACCGGAAACAGCCACAACUGUUACUGAAACAGGUACAACGCUGGAUAGAUCCUCAACAGCCACAACUGUUCCAAAAACAAGUAAAACACUUCAAUCAUCCACAACAGCCACAACAGUAACAGAAACAACUACAACACCAGAAACAUCCACAGCAGCCACACUUGUUUCAGAAACAACUACAACACCGGAAACAUCCACAACAGUCACAACUGUUACUGAAACAGCUGUAACGCCGAGGACAUCCCAAACAGCCACAACUGUUACCAAAACAAAUACAACACCAGAAACAUCAACAGCAGCCAAACUUGUAUCAGAAACAACUAUCACACCGGAACCAUCUUCAACAGCCACAAGUGUUCCAAAAACAACUACAACACCAGAAACAUUCACAAUAGCCACAACUGUUUCAAAAACAACUACAACACCAGAAACAUUCACAACAGCCACAACUGUUCCAAAAACAACUACAACACCAGAAACAUCCACAGCAGCCACAACUGUUACAAAAACAACUACAACACCAGAAACAUCCACAGCAGCCACAACUGUUACUGAAACAGCUACAACGCCGGAUAGAUCCUCAACAGCCACAACUCCUCCAGAAACAACAACAACACCAGACACAAUCACAGCAGCCACAACUGUUCCAAAAACAAGUAAAACACUUGAAUCAUCAACAACAGCCACAACGGUUCCAGAAACAGUUAUAACAUCGGAAACAUCCUCAACUCCUCCAGAAACAACUACAACACUGGACACAUCCACAACAGUCACAAUUGUUCAAGAAACAACAACAACACCGAAGACACUCACAGCAGCUACAACAGUUACAGAAACAACUACAACACCAAAGACAUCCACAGCAGCUACAAUAGUUACAGAAACAACUACAACACCAGAAACAUCCACAACAGCAACAAAUGUUCCUGAAACAACUUCAACACCAGAAACAUCCACAGCAGCCACAACUGUUACUGAAACAGCUACAGCACCGGAUAGAUCCACAACAGCCACAAAGGUUCCAGAAACAACUACAACACUGGACACAUCUACAACAGUCACAACUGUUCAAAAAACAAAUACAAAACCAGAAACGCUUACCUCAUCUGAAAUAUUCUCAACAGCCAUAAUUGUUCCAGAAACAACUACAACACCGGAAACAUCUUCAACAGCCACAACUGUUCCAGAAACAUUUUCAACACCAGAAACAUCCACAGCAGCUACAACAGUUACAGAAACAACUACAGCACCAGAAACAUCCACAGCAGCUACAACAGUUACAAUAACAACUACAACACCAGAAACAUCCACAGCAGCCACAACAGUUACAGAAACAACUACAACACCAGAAACAUCCACAGCAGCUACAACAGUUACAGAAACAACUACAACACCAGAAACAUCCACAGCAGCUACAACAGUUACAGAAACAACUACAACACCUAAAACACCCACAGCAGCUACAACAGUUACAGAAACAACUACAACACCAGAAAUAUCCACAGCAGCUAAAACAGUUACAAUAACAACUACAACACCAGAAACAUCCACAGCAGCCACAACAGUUACAGAAACAACUACAACACCAGAAACAUCCACAGCAGCCACAACUGUUUCAAAAACAACUAUAACACAUGAGAAAUCCUCAGCAGUCACAACGGUUACAGAAACAGCAACACCACCGGAAACAUCCUCAAUUGUUAUAGAAACAGCUACACCAUUGGACUCAUCCUCAACCGCCACAACUGUUCCAGAAACAACAACAAUACCAGAAACAUCCACAGCAUCCAGAACUGUUCCAGAGACAACAACCACACCGGAAAAUUCCACAGCAGCCACAACUGUUUCAAAAACAAUUACAACACCGGAAACAUCCACAACAGCCACAACUGUUACUGAAACAACAAAAACACCAGACAGAAGCACAGCAACCACAAAUGUUCCAGAAACAAGUACAACACUUGAAUUAUCCACAACAGCCACAAAGGUUCCAGAAACAAUUAUAACAUCCGAAACAUCCUCAACUGAUCCAGAAACAACUACAACACCGGAAACAUCUACAACAGUCACAACUGUUCAAGAAACAGCUACAACACUGAAAACAUCCACAACUGUUCUAGAAACAACUACACCUUUUGACUCAUCAUUAACCGCCACCAUGGUUCCAGAAACAACAACAACCCCGGAACCAGCCUCAACAGCCAUAACUGUUUCAGAAACAACUACAACACUGGUAACAUCCACAGUAUCCAAAACUGUUCCAGAAACAACUACAACACCGGAAACAUCCUCAACAGCUACAACUGUUCCAGAAACAACAACAACACCGGACACAAGCACAGCAACCACAAAUGUUCCAGAAACAAGUAAAACACUUGAAUUAUCCACAACAGCCACAAAGGUUCCAGAAACAAUUAUAACAUCGGAAACAUCCUCAACUGAUCCAGAAACAACUACAAAACUGGACACAUCUACAACAGUCACAAUUGUGCAAGAAACAACCACAACACCGAAGACAUCCACAGCAGCUACAACAGUUACAGAAACAACUACAACACCGGAAACAUCUACAACAGUCACAACUGUUCAAGAAACAGCUACAACACUGAAAACAUCCACAACUGUUCUAGAAACAACUACACCUUUUGACUCAUCAUUAACCGCCACCAUGGUUCCAGAAACAACAACAACACCGGAACCAGCCUCAACAGCCAUAACUGUUUCAGAAACAACUACAACACUGGUAACAUCCACAGUAUCCAAAACUGUUCCAGAAACAACUACAACACCGGAAACAUCCUCAACAGCAACAACUGUUCCAGAAACAACAACAACACCGGACACAUAUACAUCAGUCACAAUUGUUCAAGAAACAACAACAACAACAUCCUCAACAGCCACAACGUUACCAGAAGCAACUACAACACCAGAUACGUCAACAACUGUCACAACUGUUCCAGACACACCUACAACAUUGAAAUCAUUUGCAACAGCCACAACUGUUCCAGAACCAAAUCCAACAUUGGAAACAUUCACAAAAGCCAUGCCUAAACUAGAAACAGCUACUGCACCGGAAACAUCCUCAUCAGCCACAACUGUACCAGAAACUCCAGAAACAUCCCCAACAAUUACAACUGUUCAGGUAACAACUACAACACCAAAAACAUCCCAAACAACCACACCUGCUCUAGAAACAACUACAACACCAGAAACAUCCAUAGCAGCCACAACUGUUCCAGAAAAAACUUCAACCCCGAAAACAUCCUCAAUAGCGACAAAUGUUACAGAAACAACUACAACAUUGGAAACAUCCACCAAAAACAUGCCUGAUCCAGAAACAACUACAACACCGGAACCAUCCACAACAGCCAACACGGUUCAAGAAACAUUUAUAACACCAGAAACAUCCAUAACAUCCAGGACAGCCACAACUGUUUCAGAAACAACUACUGCACCGGAAACAUCCUCAGUAGCCACAACUGUUUCAGAAACAACAACGUCAUCCGAAACAUCCUCAACAGCCACACAUGUUUCAGAAACAACUAAAACUCAAGAAACAUCCACAGCAGCCACAAUUAUUCCAGAAACAACUACCUCAUCCGAAACAUCCUCAACAGACACAGCAGCCACAACCUUUCAGGAAACAGUUACAAGACCAGAAACAUCCUCAGCAGACAAACCUAUUUCAGAAACAACUACAACACCCGAAAGAUCUACAGCAGCCACAACUGUUCCAGAAACAACAACAACAUCAGAAACGUCCAUAGCAGCCACAAUGGUUCCAGAAACAACCUCAACAGCGGAAACAACAACAACACCAGACACAAGCACAGCAACCACAAUUGUUCCAGAAACAAGUAAAACACUUGAAUCAUCCACAACAGCCACAAAUGAACCAGAAACAGCUACAACACCGGAAUCAUCCUCAACAGAUCCAGAAACAACUACGACACUGGACACAUCUACAACAGUCAAAACUGUUCAAGAAACAACAAUAACACCGAAGACAUCCUCAACAGCCAAAAUUGUUUCACAAACAAUUAUAAAACCAGAGACAUCCUCAACAGCCACAACGGAACCAGAAACAACUGCAACACUUGAAUCAUUUUCAACAGCCACAUCUGUUCCAGAAACAACUACAACACCAGAGACGUCCAUAGCAGCCACAACUGUUCCAGAAACAACUUCAACCCCCAAAACAUCCUCAAUAGCGACAGAUGUUACAGAAACAACUACAAUACAAGAAACAACCACAGCAGCCACAACUGUUCCAGAAACAAUUACAACUCUAGUCAUAUCCAUAGCAGCCACAACUGUUCAAGAAAAAAAAUUCUCAUCCGAAACAUCAACAGCAGCCACAACUGUUCAGGAAACAACUACAGCGCACGAAACAACAACAGCCGUCACAAGUGUUCCAGAAACAACUACCUCAUCCGACACAUCCUCAACAGACACAGCAGCUACAACCUUUCAGGAAACAGCUUCAAGACCAGAAACAUCCUCAGCACCCACACCUAUUCCAGAAACAACUACAACACUCGAAAGAUCUACAGCAGCCACAACUGUUUCAGAAACAUCAACAACCCCAGAAACGUCCAUAGCAGCCACAACUGUUCCAGAAACAACCUCAACACCAGAAACGUCCAUAGCAGCCACAACUGUUCCAGAAACAACCUCAACACCAGAAACAACCACAAUAGCCACAACUGUUCCAGAGACACCUACCCUAUCCGAAACAUCCUCAACAGCCACACCUGUUCCAGAAACAACUACAACACCAGUCACAUCCAUUGCAGCCACAACUGUUCAUGAAACAACUACAACACCAGAAACAUCAUCAGCAGCCACAACUGUUCCAGAAACAUCAACAACACGUGAAACAUCCUCAGCAGCAACAAUUGUUCCAGAAACAACUAGAACUCCUGAAACAACCACAACAGCUACAAUUGUUGAGGAAACAACUAUAACACCGGAAACAUCCCCAACACCGGAAACUUCCUCAAUAGCGACUGCAGCAACAACUGUUCAUGAAACGCCUUCUUCAUCCGAAACAUCCUCAACAGCAGCCACAACUGUUCACAAAACAACUACAUCACCAGUCACAUCCAAAGCAGCCACAAGUGUUGCAGAAAAACCUUCCUCAUCCGAAACAUCCUCAACAGCUACAACUGUUCCAGAAACAAGAGGAACACCAGAAACAUCCACAGCAGCAACAACUGUUCACAAAGCGCCUUCCUCAUCCGAAACAUCAUCAACAGCAGCAACAACUGUUCAGGUAACAACUACUACAUCAGAAACAUCAUCAGCGGCCACAAUUGUUUCAGCAACAACCAGAACUCCAGAAACAUUCACAGCAGCAACAACUGUUCACGAAAUAACUACUGCAUCCGAAACAUCCUCAACUGCCACAACUGUUCCAGAAACAACCAGAACUCCAGAAACAUUCACAGCAGCAACAACUGUUCACGAAACGCCUUCCUCAUCCGAAACAUCCUCAACAGCAGCCACAACUGUUCCGGAAAAAACUAUAACACCAGAAACAAUCACAGCAGCCACAAGUGUUCCAGAAACACCUACCUCAUCCGAAACAUCCUCAACAGCCACACCUGUAUCAGAAACAACUAGAACUCCAGAAACAUCCAAAGCAUCCACAACUAUUCCUGAAACAACUUCAACAACGGAAACAUCCUCAACAGCCACUGCUGUUCCUGACCAACCAACCUCAUCCGAGUCUUCCACAGCAGCCACAACUGUUCUAGAAGCAACCACAACACCGGAAACAUCCCCAACAGCCACACCUGUAUCAGAAACAGCUUCAACACUAGAAACAUCCACAGCAGAUAAAAUUGUUCCAGAAACAACUAUAACACCAGGAACAUCCAUAGGAGCCACAACUGUUCAAGAAACAACUUCAACACCGGAAUCAUCGCCAAUAGCCAAAACUGUUCCAGAAACAUUUACAACACCAGAAACAUCCACAGCAUCCACAGCUGUUCCGGAAACAAAAACAACAUCAGAAACAUCCUUAGCAGCAAAAACUGUUCCAGAAACACCAACCUCACCCGAAACAUCCAAAACAGCAACAAUUGUAACAGAAACAACUACAACACAAGAAACAUUUUCAAUAGCCACAACUGUUCCAGAAACAACUGCAACACCAGAGAUCUCCACAGCAGCCACAACUGUUCCAGAAACAGCUGCAGCCCUAGAAACAUCCACAACAGUCACAAUUGUUCAAGAAACAACUACAACACUGGAAACGUCUUCAACACCCACAACUGUUCUAGAAAUAGCUACAACACCAGAAACAUCCACAGCAGCCACAACUGUUCCAGAAACAACUACAACACGAGUAACGUCCACAACACCCACAAUUGUUCUAGAAACAACUACAGCACCGGAAACAUCCUCAACUGUUCCAGAAUCAACUACAACACCGGAAUCAUUCCCAACAACCACACUCAUUCCUGUUACAAUGAUCAAAUCCGAAACUUUUACAACAGUAACAUCUACCAAACCCGAACCAACAACAACAGUUACAACUACCGCACCCGAGCAAUCUACGACGAGAAGAACUUCUAUACCCGGACCAACUGCAACGGCAUCAAUUACCACAUCAGAACCAUUAGCGAAGGUAACAACUGUUUCGGUCACCACUGCAACCCCGGAAGUAAUAACAAAAUCAGUUCUGGUAACAACUCCUACGUCAGAAACAUCUACAACGGCAGCAACUGUUUUUGAAACAACUACCACACCCGAACCGUCUACAACGGAAAGAACUACAACAUUGGAAGUUUAUACAACGGCAGAAACUGUUUCGGAAUCAUUUACCACAAAUGAACCAUCUACAACGGAAAGAAUUAUAACAUCAGAAGCAUUUACAACUGCAGCAACUGUAUCGGAAACAACUACCACACCCAAACCGUCUACAACGGAAAGAACUACAACAUCGGAAGUAUCUACAACGACAGCAACUUUUUCGGAAACAACUACCACACCCAAACCGUCUACAACAGAAAGAAAUACAACAUCAGACGCAUCUACAUCGGCAGCAACUGUUUCGGAAACAACUACCACACCCGAACUGUCUACAACAGAAAGAACUACAACAUCAGACGCAUCUACAUCGGCAGCAACUGUUUCGGAAACAACUACCACAUCCGAACCGUCUACAACGGAAAAAACUACAACUUCGGAAGCACCAGGAACCACUUCCCUGGUGGCAACCACAAAGGCAGUGACUAAAUUACCAGUUACUAGUGAAUUUAUCACUACUGAAGCAGUGACGAAUGAGCCAGUGACAGACACUUUAGGGACAGCAGGGCUCAAUUCAUCUGGAAAUAAUGCAACAGUAACUGGACCAGAUGUUUCCGUAGUAAUAGCCGAUACUACCUCUCAUAUAACACAGGAGGCAAGCACUGUAACAACGUCAGCUGGACUGUUAAUAGACCCCACACUAUCAGAUACAAGUUCUACAAAUACUCAAAGUAUCACCACUACAGAUACACCGGAAUCAUCCUCUAAAGAAAAAAUGUCGGAAACGGUUCAAGAAACAAAUGCUCCGGUAGAAAUCCCAACUUCAUCUGUUCCAGAAAUAACAAGACCGGUUUUAUCUUCACCACCUACAACUUUACCGAUUACAACCAUAACGGAUACAACUGUCCAAGAAACAACUACAACGGUAGCAAUCCAAACGACUAUAUCUGCCCUAGAUGCAACAACUCCCGUACCAACCACAACAGAAAUAACUUUCCCCCAAGUAGAAAUAACUGUAACAACUGUUCCAGAAAUAAUUACACCGUUAGCGCUCACAUCAACUACAUCUGAUCAAGAAACAACAACACCGGUAGCAACCACAAUAGCUACAACUGGGUCAGAGGUAACCGUUCUAGAAACAACUGGGCCGGUAGCAACCACGACAACUGCAACUGUUCAAGAAAGAACUUCACCGAUAGCAACCACAAUAGCUACAACUGGGUCAGAGGUAACCGUUGUAGAAACAACUGGGCCAGUAGCAACCACAAUAACUUCAACUGUUCAAGAAACAACUUCACCGAUAGAAACCACAAUAGCUACGACGGGACCAGAGGUAACCGUUCUAGAAACAACAGGGCCAGUAGCAAUCACAACAACCUCAACAGUUCAAGAAACAACUUCACAGGUAGCAACCACGAUAGCUACAACUGGACCAGAGGUAACCGUUGUAGAAACGACUGGGCAAGUAGCAAUCACAACACCAGCAACUGUUCAAGAAACAACUCCACAGGUAGCAACCACAAUAGCUACAACUGGACCAGAGGUAACCAUUCUAGAUACAACUGGACGCAUCUACAUCGGCAGCAACUGUUUCGGAAACAACUACCACACCCGAACUGUCUACAACAGAAAGAACUACAACAUCAGACGCAUCUACAUCAGCAGCAACUGUUUCGGAAACAACUACCACAUCCGAACCGUCUACAACGGAAAAAACUACAACUUCGGAAGCACCAGGAACCACUUCCCUGGUGGCAACCACAAAGGCAGUGACUAA